AUGCCGGCUGUAAAUUUUAAAUCAAUCGAUUGUUUCAGCUCCGAGGAUCCGAAUUAUCCAGCUUCGAACCUGCUAAAGCCCGGCAACAAAAAGUGGAAAUGCCGAGAGGCGGGUGAGCAGCAGGCUUUCGUGGUGAUUAAGCUCGAGGAACCGACUCAGAUCAGCGGCAUCGACAUCGGCAAUGAGCACUCGGCUCACAUAGAAGUACUAGUCGCCCGCAGUGGUCCAAGUAACCCCUCAUACACCGAAAUUCUGCUCGCUUCCAAGUUUAUGAGUCCGGUGGACAGCCGGAAUUCGUCCGCACCGAACCGUGUGCAGUGUUUUAAUACGUCCGCCCUGCUACCAGCAGCGGCGAAGGAAAAGUGGGACCUGGUUAAAAUUAUCUGCACCCAGCCCUUCAAUUCACGCGUCAAGUAUGGGCUUACGUUCGUGGUGCUACAUACCAGUGCCACGGAAAGAAAGGAAAAAAACCUGGUGCCGGACAAGUUUCUGCACAAGUUAAGAGAAGAAGCGACUGGCUCGAAAGCCCCGGCUGCGUUGAAUUUGGGCCGGUUUAAACUCCGUGAAGAAUCGCCCGACUCGGAUGAUGCAACAGGAUGCUCGAAGGUGUUUAGCCGAUGGAAAAACAAGACGGACAUAUCGCAACCGGCGGAUACGACUAGCAGCGCGUUGGUGCGGAAUGCAGCCAAACUGAAGGAUUUGCCGAACCAAAUUCCCGCCCCAGGCAGUAUUCGAAGCGCGGCUAUUCAACGACCGAAGCCUGUACUAUUCGUGGAUAGUGACGAUGAAGAACAGGCCGGCAAAAGCAUCGCGAACGUAAAGAUACAUCGAAAUAACGAAUCACUGCUGUACGACGCAGAGGAUGAUAAACCUGCAGGAAGGCUGAAUGCUAGCAUAGAUGUUGCCCGACCAAAAAAUCAGGCAUUGAUGAAAGUAGUACCAUUAACUGCUACAUCUAAGGCGAAUGCUGCUGUGAAAAAACCGUCCAAACUGCAUGACGUGUCAUCAUCAAAGUUUAAGGAAUUCCUUGACCUUACCGGACAAACGUCUUCGCGACAGGAGGAAAAGAAAAGCACUGCAUCCUUAUCGCAAGACGCGAAGAAACUGCAUAAUGGGCAGUCUAAUAAUGCUCCAAAGAAAACACCAGACAAACCCAGCAGCGUCGCCCGCCCGCCUUUGUCGAUUGAAAGGCACGCCGUUAGCGCGAAGCAAUUAUCUACACCAUCAAGAAACGUUACUAAAAAUGAUGAUGGUUUAUCAUUGCACAAAAAGCCUAAACUGCUGGACUUAGACGUCGAUUCGGAGAAAGAAGUGAAGAAAAAUAUCCAGUACAAAGCGUUUGGAAGACUUCUUGAGAAUGUUGUAUUGGUCAUUAGCGGGGUGCAGAAUCCAGAUCGCGGUCAUAUUCGAAACCAGGCGUUGGCCAUGGGCGCGAAAUAUAAACCGGAUUGGGAUGCUUCAUGUACUCAUCUGAUUUGUGCCUACAAAAACACUCCGAAGUAUAAUCAAGUAAAGGGUAAAGGAAAGAUUGUAAAAAAGGAUUGGAUAGAAAAAUGUCACGCCACACGCAAAAAACUCUCCUGGCGAAAAUUCGCACUUGAUACUGAGGAAGCAAACGUGACCGAUUCCGAAGACGAAAUCAUCGAUAUAGCCAACAAACCUUCCGAACUUCCGCCUCCUAGUCAGGACCCUCGGAUCGUCGUUCAUUCCGAGGAGGAAGGGAACGACGAACCCGUGAUGCUUCACGACCUGAGUGAUUCUGACGAUGGCGGUACGGCCCACCGAGUGUACGAUGUUAGUACGGAAGACGAUGGCGAUGGCAAGUUAACGGAGCCGUCGGGCGGUUUGAGCUUUUUCUUAGGCAAAAAAUUUUAUCUGCAUCCAGAAGUGGGCGCUGUCGAUAUAAUUAAAUUGGAGAAGUAUAUCAAAUCAUACAAAGGAACUAUUACGCAAAAUAUGACCGAGGCAGACUACAUAAUCGCUCGCAACAAACAUACGUUACCUGCCAACUGCCAGGCAGAACAAGUGAAACCGCUCUGGGUUUACGAAUGUGACGACAUGGAAUGCCUCAUACCGGUUCAUCGAUAUCGGAUUUAGCGAGCGAAA